AUGGCAGAGCAGGUGAAAAGCAAGCUUAAUCCCUGCAAGGAGGGUUUUGACCCACCACAUCAAAGUGAUACACGAACUAUUUACAUAGCAAAUCGUUUCCCCCAGAAUGGCCAUUAUGUUCCUCAGAAAUUUGCAGACAACAGAAUCAUAUCAUCUAAGUAUACGGUGUGGAAUUUUAUUCCGAAAAAUUUAUUUGAGCAGUUCAGAAGAAUAGCCAAUUUUUAUUUUCUUAUUAUAUUUUUGGUUCAGCUUAUGAUAGAUACACCUACCAGUCCUAUUACAAGCGGAUUGCCAUUAUUCUUUGUCAUAACUGUAACAGCCAUAAAACAGGGUUAUGAAGACUGGUUACGACAUAAAGCAGACAAUGAAGUAAAUGGAGCUCCAGUUUAUGUUGUUCGAAGUGGUGGCCUUGUAAAAACUAGAUCAAAAAACAUUAGGGUGGGUGAUAUUGUCAGAGUAGCCAAAGAUGAGACUUUCCCUGUUGACCUUGUACUUCUGUCCUCCGAUAGAGUGGAUGGUUCGUGUCAUGUUACUACUGCUAGCUUGGAUGGAGAAACUAAUCUUAAGACUCAUGUUGCAGUCCCAGAAACAGCAGUAUUACAGUCAGUUGCCAACCUGGACACACUCGUAGCUGUUGUAGAAUGUCAACAGCCAGAAGCAGACCUAUACAGAUUUGUUGGAAGAAUAACUAUAAGUCAUCAAAUUGAGGAAAUUGUACGACCUCUUGGGCCUGAAAGUCUUUUACUUCGAGGAGCAAGAUUAAAAAACGCAAAAGAAAUUUUUGGUGUUGCUGUGUAUACGGGUAUGGAGACAAAGAUGGCAUUAAAUUACAAGAGUAAAUCUCAGAAACGAUCAGCAGUAGAAAAGUCUAUGAACUCAUUUUUGAUUAUCUAUCUAAUAAUCCUCCUUUUUGAAGCAGUCCUGAGUACAAUCUUAAAAUAUGCCUGGCAAGCUGAAGAAAAAUGGGAUGAACCUUGGUAUGACCAGAAAACUGAACAUGAAAGAAACAGCAGUAAGAUUCUGAGAUUUAUUUCAGAUUUUCUUGCUUUUCUGGUACUUUACAAUUUUAUCAUCCCUAUUUCACUUUAUGUGACUGUUGAGAUGCAGAAAUUUCUUGGAUCUUUUUUUAUUGGCUGGGAUCUUGACCUCUAUCAUGAAGAAACAAACCAGAGAGCACAAGUAAAUACUUCAGAUCUCAAUGAGGAGUUGGGACAGGUGGAGUACGUGUUUACAGAUAAAACUGGUACAUUAACUGAAAAUGAAAUGCAGUUUCGGGAAUGCUCUAUUAAUGGCAUCAAAUACCAAGAGAUCAAUGGCAAACUAGUUCCAGAGGGGUUGACUGAGGAUUCCCCAGAUGGAAUUAGACAGAGUCUUAUGAAAGAGGAAGAGCUCUUCUUGAAAGCAGUCUGUCUGUGUCACACAGUGCAUAUCAGUGCAGAUCAAACCGAUGGCAUUGGUGAUGGGCUCUGGCAUGCCAAUGGAAUAGUGUCUCAGCUGGAGUACUAUGCUUCCUCACCAGAUGAGAAGGCUUUAGUUGAAGCUGCUAGCAGAGUUGGUGUUGUAUUUACUGGAACUAAUGGGGAAGGUAUGGAAGUGAAAAGCCUUGGAAAACCAGAAAGGUAUAAAUUACUUCAUGUUUUGGAGUUUGAUCCAAAUCGUAGACGAAUGAGUGUCAUUGUAGAGAGUCCUUCUGGAGAAAAGCUCUUAUUCACAAAAGGAGCAGAAUCUUCCAUUCUUCCUCACAGUAGAGGUGGAGAAAUAGACAAAACAAGGAUUCACGUAGAUGAAUUUGCUUUGAAAGGGUUAAGAACUUUAUGUGUAGCCUAUAGAAGAUUCACAGCUGAGGAGUAUCAGGAAAUAGACAGACGCCUUCAUGAGGCUAGAACUGCCUUACAGAAACGAGAAGAACAACUGGCAGAUGUAUUCAACUUCAUAGAAAAGGAUCUGGAAUUACUUGGGGCUACAGGAGUAGAGGACAAACUCCAAGAUAAAGUCCAAGAAACUAUAGAGGCACUCAGAUUGGCUGGUAUCAAAGUGUGGGUGCUUACUGGAGAUAAGCAUGAAACAGCUGUUAGUGUCAGUUUAUCAUGUGGACACUUCCAUAGAACCAUGAACAUCCUUGAACUUGUACAACACAAAUCAGACAGUACAUGUGCAGAGCAGCUGACGCAGCUAGCCAGGAGAAUAAAGGAUGAUCAUGUAAUCCAGCAUGGGCUGGUUGUGGAUGGGACCAGCCUCUCUCUUGCACUCAGGGAACAUGAAAAACUGUUCAUGGACGUUUGUAGAAAUUGUUCUGCAGUGCUGUGUUGCCGCAUGGCACCCCUGCAAAAAGCAAAGGUAAUACGACUGUUAAAAACAUCUCCAGAGAAACCUAUAACAUUAGCCAUUGGUGAUGGGGCUAAUGAUGUAAGCAUGAUACAAGAAGCGCAUGUUGGCAUAGGAAUCAUGGGGAAAGAAGGAAGACAAGCUGUAAGAAACAGUGACUAUGCAAUAGCAAGGUUUAAAUUCCUCUCCAAGUUGCUUCUUGUUCAUGGCCACUUUUACUAUAUUAGGAUAGCAACCCUUGUACAGUACUUUUUUUAUAAGAAUGUAUGCUUUAUUACACCACAAUUUUUAUAUCAGUUCUUUUGUUUGUUUUCACAACAAACGCUCUAUGACAGUGUGUACCUGACUUUAUACAACAUUAGUUUCACUUCUUUGCCUGUUCUGAUGUACAGUCUUUUUGAACAGCAUGUUCACCCUCAUGUGUUACAGAGCAAGCCAACACUCUAUAGAGACAUUAGGAAAAAUGCGCUCUUGGGAUUUAAACCGUUUCUUUACUGGACCAUUUUGGGGUUCUCUCAUGCAUUUGUUUUCUUCUACGGCUCGUAUCUUCUGAUGGGAGAAGACACUUCUCUGCUGGGAAAUGGCCAGAUGUUCGGAAACUGGACUUUCGGUACUUUGGUCUUUACUGUUAUGGUUAUAACUGUUACAGUGAAGAUGGCUUUAGAGACUCAUUUCUGGACUUGGAUAAAUCAUUUUGUUACCUGGGGCUCCAUUGUAUUUUAUUUUCUAUUUUCCUUGUUUUAUGGGGGAAUUAUCUGGCCAUUUUUGCAUACGCAGGACAUGUACUUUGUAUUUGUUCAGUUGCUGUCAAGUGGUUCCGCUUGGUUUGCCAUAAUCGUCAUAGUUGUCACUUGUUUGUUUCUUGAUGUUGUGAAGAAAGUGCUGUGCAGACAUCUACAACCAACAAGUACUGAAAAAGCUCAGCUUACUGAGACGGGCUCAGGUAUCAACUGCUUGGACUCCAUGUGCUGCUUCUCCGAUGGGGAAACAGCAUGCGCAUCUGUUAGAAGAACGUUGGAACGACUAAUGGGAAGAUGUAGUCCAACCCGGGUCAACAGAUCAUGGAGCUCAUCGGAUCCCUACUAUACCAACGACAGAAGCAUCUUGACUCUCUCCACAAUGGACUCACCCACUUGUUAACAAGGACAUUUGUUAGUGCCUGGUGGAAGCCAUAUGGUGCUUGCAUAUUGAUAAUAGGUUAUGCAUGAGUUCAGUGCUGUACUGUCUGUCCUAGAAAAUGUGCUAGCACAACAAAAACAUCUAAAUACAAACCUUGUGGUCUAUCUUGUAGCAUAGCAAAACAUACAUGUGAAGGAUAAUCUCUUCCACUACAUUUUCUAAUCUUAUAACCAAAUUAUUAAAUAUUUGAAUGCUUUUUCUGUGCCCAUUUCCUCUUUGUGCUUCAUACUAACAGGUUGGAAGCCUGUGUUUGACAUUUUAUUUGAGAUCUCAAGGUGAGGGAAUGACCAAAUUUUUCUGCUCCCAAGUAAUCGAUUUGAGGGUACUAACUUAUUUUUAAGUCUGGUUUUGUAAAUUAAGCUGAUUUUUUUUCCCUUGGGGGGUGGGGAGAGAGAGAGAUUUUUUUAUUCUAAAUUUAUAUUGAAGCUUCUUGUUAUGCUAACCUCUUAGUCUACAAAUAAACAAAACUCUUGUUUCUUCCAUGGGCAAGUCAAUUCAUUAAUAUAUCACUUUUAAAAAAAACUCUGCUAAUGGAUUAGCUGUUAAGAGAUUGAAAUACCAUCCACAUAUUUGUAUUGGUGUACAAAUGUAAAAUAUGACAUAGCCUUUUCCAAGUGGUGACAAAAGCAUAGCAUUGUGUACCCUUCAGGUAUAAUAAGCAUCUCCUGUUCUUUACAGGUAAUAUUUAAGAGCCAGUCAUUCUCCUCCAUAACCAUUAUAUCCUACAUGUUUUAAUAACUAUUAUUGAUCCUAACAUGGAAAAAUAGGGGGAAAACAUGUUGACUGGAUUGUGCAGUUCUCACUAGCAUAAGUGUUGAAAAUUUAAAUGAUUUAAUCCUUUUACCAUUGUUGGGGGGGGUUGCAUGUUUUAUUUUUAUAUAUUUAUAUUCAUACUGUACUUUGAAGAUUUAAGCAUUAUCUUCAUAUAUCUGAAGGAUCUGACACAUUGAUGACAAUGGUUUGAUAUACAUGUAUCUCAAUAAAAACAA